AUGGCCACCUCAAUAGCAAGCCGCUACCAUACUGGGCAGCACCUGGGACAGUACCAGUACGCUUGCCCUCCGCCAUCGCCUCCCAUGGACCAGCCGCGGUGUACCCUUCCUUCCAUCUCCAACCUGAUCGGUCUUGCCGACGCCGGAUCACCAACUCACGAGUCUGCUCCCUCAUCAUCAAAACUGCAAAGGAGGUCUUCGGGCAUCAGGACAGACAGCCGCCCCGGCACAGGCUACGCCAACGCCUUCCCUCACCACCACAGAGCAUCACCUCCCUCACCGCCCAUGAGCACCAGUGCCUCCACAGACACCACAUCGCCCGUGCAGAGGCCAAAGACCCACUACUCAAACGCCUCGACGCCCACAGGAUACUACCACGAGACCACGCCGCCUCUGGAGUCGGACAUGCAGCGCCAUCGCACUCUUCCUCAGACGCCUUCGGCACAAGCGCAUGGACCCAGUGCUGGCAGCUACUUCCCGCCAGCCUCGUCUGCGAGCGCGCAGCCCCCCCAAGCGCAAGCCCCGUCCCCCCCAUCGGGCCUCGCGUACCAACAACCACUGCCCAAGUCGUUCCCGCCGCCCAACAUCCGCGUCUCUGUCGCUCGCUCGACCUUGGGCCCCAUCUCCUGGCAACACCACCACUAUCUCAACCCGGCGCCGGGACAUCAGUUCCCAGCAUGCCAGGACCGCUACAUCUGCCAGACUUGCAACAAGGCCUUCAGCCGUCCCAGCAGUCUGCGCAUCCACAGCCACUCGCAUACGGGCGAGAAGCCCUUCAAGUGCUCACAGCCGGGCUGCGGCAAGGCAUUCAGUGUACGCAGUAAUAUGAAGCGUCACGAGCGGGGAUGCCACUGUUAG